AAAACACUUCUAGUGUUUGCACAAGUCACGUUUGAGAUAUUUUACGGUUAGAAAAGGUCUUUUUGGCGCUUUAUUUGUAAUAACACCAAGACCGUGAGAAGUUUAGAAAGUACCGGCCAAAAAAAAAUCCAAAAUUUAAUUUUUAACGCUCAAGAAAUUUAGGGUUUUCCUCGUACCUCGCUUGGUGUUUGACGACCUUGAACACAAUAUCACUUACUUUCUUUUUGCUUCGCGUAACUUUACGACAAGCUAAAAGGCUUUUUCGGCCGUGAUAAUUGUGUUCAGAAGCUUAACGUCGCCGUGUUUCUCGAUGAUGUGGUGUUUACGUUGAAGUCUUGUGUAUCAACUAUUGAGAGAGGUUGGAUGUAAUCUUACUCCAGAUUUACACAUGGAUGAAGAGGAUAGAACAGCUAACGAUAUUACGGUUGCUAGCAUGGCUGGUGACUUCUUCUGUGAGCUCUGCAAGCUUGAGUUCUCUACGAAAGAGGAAUUACAGGAGCACACAUGGACAAUGCUACAUCAUGGAAAACUUAACAAAGCCAAGGGAAGGGAUUGUGUACACGAAUGCACUCUAUGCAAGGAAACUUUCGUGGAGCUUCUUUCAUUCACAAAGCACCUUCACGCUGACGCCCAUCAAGAACGCUAUCACACAUGGAAAAAACAACAACGGUCAAAAGACUGGGAAGCACUGAACCAAAUGCGAGUACCUUCUUCUGUUGAGGUCAGCGGCAAUACUUCAUACCGCAAUAGAACUCGACACAAGCGAAAGAAUUCGAACGGAAAGGACAUUUCCUUCCGGACACGUCACCAGUCUCAGAGAGAUGCUAGAGGAUGGCAACACCACAGGAAAGGUAAAGGAAACCGGAACCCACGUCACUUUCAAAAGCACGGGAAUUCAUUUCAGUUUCAGGCAUUUCCGGUUGGCGGUUCUGAAAUGGGACACAAGCGUGACUUUGGAAUAAUGAAUGAGAGCAUGGGAAGUGAAGACCGAUUCGGGAGAAGUAGUGGCUCCAUCAGAAGCGAAAGUCCGUUCUUGGGCCAAGAACAGUACUUCAAUUUUCAUCCUCAGUCACAAGAAUCAACUUUGUCUGAUAAUCCCACUAACCUACCUGGUCAGGCAAAUCAGUCGGAUUCUUCUUGGAGUAGCCGCUUACGACGAGCCAGAGAUCAAUUUUCACGGGAUGCUACAGAAAGAAAAUCUCUUGACGAAUCUUUUCCGAGAGAAUCUCGUGGCUUUUCUGGCUCUCCCGACAGUUCGAUAUUCUUUAGUCGCGUGGGCGAAAACGGGAACGGUUGCCCCAAGAGAGCCUCGCCCGUCAUGGGUGUUCCUUCUAGAACGUGCCGCUCUGAUAACAUGACCUCCCGGUCAGGAAGGAAUCAUAACGAACAAAUCAACGACUCUAAUAUCUAUUCGGAAUUCGUGCCCGAAAAGAGCAGGAAUAGUUUCGGAAACCGCCAAAACCGCACGAGGCAUUUUAAGAAUCAAACUUGGGUUUCCGAAAACCAAAGAGUGUCAACAUGUGCUGGGCAAAACUUCGGUUCCUCAAACACUUUGUCCUUAGAAAACAGUGAUGCUCUUCACGACAAUCCUAAAGGCGUGACUACGCGCUCGGGAGCGUAUUUUGGACUUCGAGGUAGCCAACGUCAGUCUGAUUCAUUUAAAAAAUUUAACCAAACAUUAUUCAAAGACAAUCAGCCCAGAAAGAAGGAUUUGGGUAAUCGUGAUUCAAGAGUGAAUAAUCAGGAAGAACCUAGCGAUGUGGGAAGGAGCUUCAGUCAUCCCACUGACGGGAAGAAUGUUGAGCAAGGAGCAUAUUUUACACAUGGUUUUCCGGAUCCUGUGACCGGAAGUCCGGAGGAAUUGAAGGCUGAAGUCAUCACAAGUGAACAAAUUCCACUCAGUAGGGUAGGGUCAAGCGAAGACACACGAUCCAUUAGGCCAAGGCGGAUACGUGAUUCUGAUGAUAAUAGGGAUAUGAAUCUUGGCCAUUCUUUAAAAUAUUUCACAGAUUCUAAUGUUGAGCUUCCCUCUGACGAAUUUGGAGUGCAAUCGAGAGGAAUAAAAGCCGCUAAAUCCCAUCCGAACAAGUCUUGUGUGACUGAAACGUCAUCAAUACGAAGGACCUCGCCUCGUUUACGUCGGGACAAUUAUGUCACGCAACCACAAAAUUCCGACAUAAGUUCCGUUGUAGGUUCUUCGGCGAUUACUAACACUUUUAUUAAUGCGGAGCAGAAAGAACCGACUUUAGGAAACAAUUUAAUGGCAGAUGAGGAAGUAGAGAGGCUCAACGCUUUAAUCAAAAUGAAGAAAGAACGUACCGAUCCAUCAGAGGAUGCUGAAGCGACUGAUAAUCCUGAUGAUGGGAAUGUCCAAGAACGACUCGAGUCUACACACGGAGAAGCUAGUGAUGCUCAAGCUCGAUGCAGCUUUGUUCAUAUCGAUGGUGUGCAAUGCGAGGCCUUGACUUCUGAAAGGUACUGUAGUUACCACCAAAGAUUCCCUCAAGGAAAUCUAAUCAAGACUGAGCCAGGCAUUGAACACCAGCAAGCUGUGCCUACUAAUACAACGCUUCUCAGUAACUCCAGCUUAUCGCCGAGUGCUCUGCCUCGAGAUCUGCCUAAGGAUAGAGAUGCCAUACCUAGAGGCGAACGUAGUGGAAUAAGUAAUAUGAUUAGCACCGGAAGACAAAGUGAAAGCCUUGGAGAUAUCGACAACAAAGAUGUUGAUCAUAAACACAGUAGCACGAAGACUGUCAUUAAACGAAGGGAAAGUGAAAAUCACGAGAACACACCUAGCAGGCAUCCCUUGCAGUCUGGUAUUUACUUUCAUGGAAAGGAACAGGUAUCGGAAGAUAUUAAAUCUCAGCGUGACGCCAGGACAGAGAGCAGUGAUAACACUGUCUCUAAAACAAGCAGCAGUGUAGAAAUGAUGGACUUAAGUAUGAGUACUAACUUCUUGGUCUUACCUCAUUCACAAGUGGCAACAUCUACCACCGUUAAACCAACAGUCACCAAUCGAACAACAUCAAGUUGGCGGCCAAAUGCUGGAGCUCAGCCUUGGAAAGACACCGUGCAAAGUGGCCAUGGUUAUUGGGAUUUUGCGAAUUCAACCACAGUUGUAGUUUCUUCCUCGUCGAGUAUUGGCCAGUUACGCGAGAAGACUGCCCCAAAAUGGUCCAGCAAUGCUAUUGUUAAGACUGAAAGACAAUUUGAUGUUCCUGUGUCGCCAGCCUCAACACCACCUUCUUUGACUGAGGCUCGAAAGAGUUCGGUAUCCCCUGUCAGUCCGUCUGUACGUAAAGAAUCCAACAUAUCGCCGAUCAGUGUAACAUCAGUUCCAUCUCUAGACCUAUCAAGAUUGAACCUCCCACCGCAUGUACGUCGUGCUUUAGCGCUAAAGUAUGCCAACAAGAAACAAGCUGAUGGUGUUUCCUUAGCGGCUAGUCUUGCGCCAAAUGUGAGCUCUUCCCGAACCCGAUUCGUGGAAGCCAAGAAAUGUCUUGCUCCUAACCAAGAGCAAACAGACACCACACUCAAACUAACUGACACUUUACUUCGUAAACCACCAAUAACGUCCAGUGCUAUACAAAGACGACUUAGACAGCACAGAAGUGUUAGUUUGGAUUCAUGUCCUACAAGCAGAAGUUCUUUUUUUCCAGAGGUGCCUAACCCUUGUGACAGACUAGGCUCAACAUCGUACGAGAGGUUUCCUACUGGAAUGUCCAGUGUUUCUGGGCCUCAUGUGUUUAAAGUUUCUUCGACAAUGAACGCUAAUAAAGGCGAAAAUGUUCCAGUACAACCAAUGAUUGAUCUGAGUGCGUCAAGCUACAUUCCGUCAUUGCAGCAAGCAGGAGCAUCAAAGAAAAGACACAGCUACAAAGAUCAUGAGGCGACUACUGCAUAUCGCCUUGGUAAACCUGAGGUACGAGAAUUCAGUGGCACUGAGGGUGGAUUCUCAUUGGACAAGGACAAAAUACACAAGCAUCAGAGAACGUCUUCUCUAGAAAACAUACCUUCUUUGAUGCCGACAGCCAGGCGCUCAGUGAGAGCUGCAUCAUUUGAUAGAGAUACUAGUUAUGCAAGAUUUGACGCUGGUGGGAGCAAUCCACCACAAACUUCAAGGCUGGUCCCUGCUACUGGGAUGAUUAAGAAGGAUGGGGAUCAGUUUGUUUCUGGAGUACAUUCAUUGAGUUCAGCGACACACGAGAAAGAAACUAGUCAGUCCAAGUUCGCAACAGUUCUUCAGGCAUCCCCAAGAUCUUUGAUCGUGACACCUCUACCAAGUGAGAAAAAUAGCGCGCUCAUUUCCUUGGAAUCGGAAGUCAGCAUCGCGAGGUCGUUAGAGGGAACUGAACACAAUGACAAAGAUGGCGGAUAUAUUUCAUUAGAGUCGACAGCUCGAUCAGCAACCCCUGAAGGAACGACAGAUAAUGUUGUCAGGCUUCAUCAGUAUGGUCUUCUUGAUCUUGGCUCAACAAGAAAGACCUCAUCUAUCAAAAAUGAUGAAGCAACCCGAGCUGCGUCAUUACACGAUGAUUCCAGACCUGGCGACUUUAUUUUCCCAGGAAUGUCGAAUUAUAUAGGUGCUAAUAGGUAUGACUUUUUAUCAUCGAAGCGAAAAACAACCGACGGGUCAGACACCGAGGAGCGGAACAAAAGGACGAAAAGCGUUGACUCCUCAACAAGUGGAAACGAAUCAUUGACUUACCUACCUGGAGUCGAUGUACAGGAGCUACUUCAUCUAGAACACGAAGAACAGAAACAACUUAAAUCUUUACAAGACAUUCAAGCUAAAGCCAAAGCAACACGAUUGAAGUUACAGGCAUUGUCUAUCGAACUAGAACACUUGAAUGUCUUGGAGAAAAGGAUUUCGGAAGAUAUAAGUAAUACCAAGAACAAACGACUGGAGAUUCUGCAGGGCGCAUUACGAGGAGGCCGAGGCAAGACAGGUGAAGCUUUGCACACCUCCGCUCAAACCUCUGCUGAAGACAAAACUAGCUCACAGAAAAACGUUGAAAAUGCUGAGAAAAAUAGCAAUGUGAGUGACGUUAUAGGUUUCAGUUCUACUAGUGAUGCACAGGGCGAUUCGACAAAAACCCUUGGUUAUGACUGUAAUAUUGGAUCAACGCGAACAGACCCUGCCAAAGAGGAUCAAACUGUUAGUAUCUGUGAAGCACCGACCUCGGCUAUUGGGAUCGACCUGGUUGUUAAAACUGAAGUGGAAUCAGUAUAUCCCUGCGUAGAAUCUUCAUUUUCGACAACAGAAACUUGUCAAGUAGUACCACGUCCCGAGAUAAAGACGGAGGGCGUGAUUGACAGACAAGAAACUUCAGCAGCCGACCAAUCAGAACACAUGGAAACUGAUCAUGAUGUACCAUGUGAUACGUUAUCGAGACCCCAUGAUCCUCAGGGGGCUUCCAAAGAUUGUGGUAUAAGUCCGGAGUCUCCAUCAAAGGACAAAGAUGAAUGGGUCUCAGAACACUUCGAAAAAAGCCGUAAAGAAUUCUUCGAGAAAAUUAAACAACAGCUUGGUACCCCGAAGAAACGUCAACAGAACAAAAGACAGCGAAAACGAUUCUCGGAAACUAAAGUUUCUAAUUCUCUAGCUGUUUCUAAGGAGAGGCUUCAGUUAGUUCGAGAGAGAAUGCGAGGAUGGAAAGAGAAAGGUCAUGCUUUAGACUCCACUCAUUCCCAGCGAAGCCAGCCACCCAGUGAAGAGGUUGUCGCAGGAGAAGAUCAUGAAGACGUUGAUCACCCACACACAUCGUCAAACACUUAUAAAGACACAAAUCUUACACCAUCUAAGAUUCCUGUGCGCGAUGUAGGCGAUUCCACCAAGGACAGCACGAAUGAACUGAAAAAAUCAAAUAGUACUGACUCUAGAGCUAAAACCGAUUUAAAAGUAAAGUUAAAAUCAAAAAUGAAUGCUAAAAAGAAGAGAAAAUCACUGCACCCUACCAAGAAGGCGUCAUCUCGUCCUGAUAAGCACAUGAAAAGCACGGCAGACCAGCCUCAAACUGUCUCCCAAAAAGAAAAAUCAAAAAGCAGUGAUGAAAGGGUACAACAUACUGUUGCAGCUGAAUCGCUCAAGAAGAAAUUCGAACGUAUGUCAAAAGCUUCAAAGUCACUCUCCACAUCUAAAGCAAGAGCGUCUGUAUUCGAAGGACACACUGGUGCCGUGUGUGCACUCAAGGUAUCCCAAGGAAAACUCUUUACAUGUUCAGCUGACAAGACAACUAAAUCUUUUGAUAUCCAGACUGGUGAAUGUGUAAAGGAAUACAUAGGUCAUCAUCAUGCUGUUAAUUGCCUCGAGAUAUCAGAUAACGGCGAGCGAUUAUUCACAGGAUCAAAUGACCAGACAGUUCGGAGCUACAAUGUCAAGACCGGUAUCUGCAGCCAUAAGUUUACGUUUGAUGGCCGAGUCAUGUGUCUUCACAUUGGUUUUGGUCUUCUGUAUGUCGGGCUGAGCACAGGAAUAGUCACUUUAGUUGACCUUACGACAAACACGUGCGUGGAACGCCUUCGCUGUCAUGAACCCCGAGCCGUGAGUUGCCUAGCAACGGCUACUGAAGGUCAGCGGACAUUGCUGUGCACUGGUUCUUUUGAUGCAACCAUUUCUAUACGAGAUCAUAAGACUGGAUUAUUGUUCAAGACAUUUACUGGCCAUUCUAUGACUGUACUUUCUAUGCAGGUGGUCGAUAAUGUAAUUUACAGUGGUGCAGCAGAUGCAAAAGUCUUGGCACACAACCUGAAUACUGGCGAGCUGCUUAGGAGUUACACUGGUCACACACUGAGCGUAAGCAGCCUCCAAGUCGCUGGUAGUGUACUAGUAACUUCGUGUUUAGAUAAACUUAUUCGAUGCUACGAUCUUAUGUCGGCAGAGCUGCUUCAAGCUUAUGGUGGUCAGUCAGACAUGAUAUUUUCUGUUCAUUUGUCUAAUGGAAGGAUUUAUAGCGGUACUCGAGAUGGCAAAGUUUCGUCUUUUAAGCUGGAUCUAAGAGUUUACCAUCCUUGUAAGUGGAAAGAUUGUCAGUUAAAUUUUGGUAUCGUCUCACACAUGAAAGAUCACAUUAAAGAUUUCCACAUAAUGCAGCAAGGAGCCAUUGAUAAGUGCCUUUGGGCUGACUGUGGCCAUGUUUUUGGAGAAUCAGAUAACAUAGAGACUAUUUUAGAUCACGUAGAUGCCCAUCUUAAAUCCAGUAAGAGUGACACGUGAUAAUCUCAGUCAGUCUGCCUCCCCCGACACAGGAAUACCGAGCAUCUUAGGUUGCGCCAUGACCUUUUCACAAGAAUGGUACCCUGAUGAUCUGGAGGACCAUAAGCGCGGUACGGAAGUUUUUCAAAUGCUCCAGAAAGCAUUUUCUCAUUCAUCUCUUUAGAUCCAUCAACAUUGAUGUCAAUCAAUUUGGACAGCAUAUUGAACAGCAUAUUGUUCCACAUCUACGAUGAAUUAUAGAAAUCCCUCUUGCUAUUACGUUUUGCUGCAUCUUGGAGAAAGUAUAAAAAAGACUCCAGACAAAUAUUAGUUAUUUUAUCCAAAUGCCAGAUUUCCAAUCCAAGUAUUUCGUCCAAGGAAACAUUAUUUUAAAAGGGCGACAGCAUCAUGCGAUCAAGACCACUAACCGUUACCGACCUGUCCACACGGUAGGUUAGGUCUUAUGAUUGUAACAUUCGCGACAUAUGCAUCGUCACGUUAGGGUUCGCAUCCGUUCAACGAAUCACAACACGCGAUAUUACUUUCCAUCCAAUCAAAACCGGUUGUGACAUAGUGUCGCCACAACGCCGCAUUGUAGACGUUCUGCGCUGCAGUUGGCUUGCGUAGUCUUUGGAUGAAGAUUCUUACUUUGUUUUAGAUACUUGUAUAGACUUUUUGCACGAUGGAGUGCCGGCGRCCAUGUUGGACGUCAUGCAUUGCAAUCUCCUUUUGCAUGGGAAAUUGAGUUCUUAUUUAAAAUGAUAUUUUUUCGAACCAUCGCCGUCAUGUGAUCAUGCAAGACCUUUAUUUCUAUUCUCAUCAGUUAAGGUUGCAACUUCGUUACAUAAAGAAAGAUUUAACCUCAA